AUGCUGUCUUUUUCUGAGCCUGAAAUUCUGAUCCGCCAAACUAUUUUUAAAAAAAUAAUGUUCUUUAAAUGUCUAAUUUAUUUUAGAGAAUCUAUUAUUUUCGUCCUCGAUUAUUUAAAUAAAAAUAAUGCAAAAGUUGGAAGGGUUUGGUUGUAUAUUUAUGGAUUAACUGGCUGUAACCAAUAUGAAGGAUGGAAUAAAAAUAACAAAACUAAGAAUAUUGAGUAUAUUGAUGUACGAAUCUUUUAAUAUAAUUGACCGUAUUUUGGGAUUUCCUGGGGCCAAGAGAAUGCUGACAAUGGGUGUAGGUGUGUAUAAGAGAAUGCCUAAAGUUAGGGUUGCCAGCUCGCUCGACCCGAAACGCGA